CUUGACACUAAGUAUAUAUCUUUUUAAUUGAGAUACCUAGAAGAUAAAGCCCCCUUCUCCUUAAGCGGUUAGAGAUAAUUAGCCUGCAUGCUCUCCUUGUCGCUUUUCGGACGGUGCAGUUUGAAAGGGGAACGUGCAGAAGGCCGAACAUCUGGAAAGGAGGGCUCUCAGCACACAGGACUUGUGCAUUUUGGAUUGUCCAGGCUACAUGGAAGCACAGGGGCCAAUGUUUUUCCUACAGCACGCGUCUUGGCUGGGGCGAAGGUCGGCACUCCUUUGCGACUACCCAUAGAUUAUGUCAGCCGCUUGAUACAGUACAAGUACGAUCAUCGUGUUUGUCCAAUGCUGUUCCUGGCACCGAUGGAGAACCUGGCCGAUAGGGCUUUUCGGCGUGCGUUCCUUGCAGUAAUCGGCGGAUUCGAUGAAGCGUGCACAGAGUUCAUCCGCAUCCCCGGCCGCAGCGAGAAUCCGCUUGGCUCCAUCCGGGGCGUCUCCUGCUGGUACGAGGCUGGGGAGCUGGGGCAGGUGCCGCUGGGGGUCCAGAUCAUGGGAAGCAAUCCCGAGCUCAUGGGCUUGGCGGCCAAGUACCUGGUGCAGGUCCGUGGUGCCCCCCGGGUGGACCUGAACUGCGGCUGCCCCGCCAACACCGUCACCGGCAGAGGGGCGGGUAGCUCCCUGUUGAGGACGCCCCACCUGCUGGGGCAGGUAGUGGCAGAGAUGGUGCGCCAGGUGGACGGUGCGGCGCCCGUGUCGGUCAAACUCCGAGCUGGCUUCGACGACACGUCUCUCCUGGAAGACAACCUGCUCGCGGCGCAGGAGGCGGGUGCAGCCUUCGUGACUCUGCACCCCCGCACCCGGAGGCAGGCCUACUCGGGGGCUGCCGAGUGGGGCCUCAUAGCCCGGGCGGUGGAGCUGCUGGAAAUACCUGUGGUUGGCAACGGCGACGUGGUCUCUGUAGAGCGAGCCCACCAGCUGCUGCGGGAGACGGGUUGCCACGGCCUCAUGAUCGGGCGCGGCGCAGUGCACGACCCGCUCAUCUUCCAUCGCAUCCGACACAGCUUCGGCGAGGAGCCCGCCGCGAUGGGGCCCCUUCCGCCUGCAGCGGCGCCGUUGGCGGCAUCCUCCGCUGCUGCCAGCCCUUCCGGAGGCUGCGGCUGGUGGCAGGGCCGCGAACCAGAGCUGGUGCAAAACUUUCUCCGAACCUACGCCAGCCAUGUCAUGUCGACACGGACAGUACGGACAAUCGCGGGACAGGACAAGAGCGGAGGAGGGUAUGGGGGAUCGGUGACCCCAUCACUGGAGGCAGCAGCAGCGGCCGCCGCAGCCGCUGGCUGUGAAGCCGCCUCUUCUGGCACCUCCAGUGAAGCUGAUGCAGCGAGUCGUGCAUUUGGUCGUCUUAAGGUUGUAAUGCGCUACCUGUUCGCCUCCUCCCCGCAGCUGGCAGAGGAGUGUGAGGCGCUACUCCGCCGUACACCCUCGCACUGCUCGGCGGAGGAGCUGGUUGGGGACCUCUGUGCGGCAGUAGAGAGGGGCUGGCCACGGAGCGGAGGGCCCACCAGGCGGGUGCUAUAUGACCACAUGAAUAAGGCUGUACGGGAGCUUGUGGUAGGGUGA